CCCAUCACUGACACGAGGAUGGAUGAAGUCGCGGCCAGACAGCUCUGGAGGUGACAGCCAGACACGUGCGGGGGAACUUGAAGCCGUGUGCCUCGGUCUAGCCUGACGGGUUGUGGACAGUGACCCACUGGAACGAGGGGAGCAGGGACUUUAGAAACACUGGGGUCGACCAGCAGGAAACAAGUGACUGGAUGGGAUUAAUUCGAAGAGCAACACAGCUGUGGCUCCAGUUGACAAUACUGAUGGUGAGGUGUUUCUGGAUUCAGCUCUGGUUCCGAGACGUCCCUAGGUGAGCGGAGAGCCCAGCCCGUAGGGGCGUUCACAGCUGAGGUAACAGACAAAAGAGGGGCACCUCGCUGGAACACCGGCACAGACUCGGAGGUGGAGAAGAACUCCUCCAGGUGGACAUCGUUUCUUCAUCGUUCAACCAAACUGUUCUGAACUUCUGAAGACCCGAACUGCAACCCGUUUAGUGACAAAAGCUUUGAUUGGCUGCAGGACCCCAAAAAACGAGGACAAACCGGAAUAUCCAAAGCUAGCAAGUGACAUUACGCAACCCUUGCGACAGAAACAAACAUGGGUCCAAAAAGCCUUCUAGGCUACCUCCUCCUGACUGCCCUCAUCAGUAUGAGCCACACGGGCCUGGUGAAGAAGAUGCUUCGGCAUCGACGAGCCACACUGACACAGGCCGGAGACAACGUCACCCUGCCCAGCGCGGACCAACCGGUGGUGUUCAAUCACGUCUACAACAUCAACGUCCCCGCCAGCUCCCUGUGCUCCGCUGACCUAGAAUCCCCCGGGGGCAGCCAGCUGGAGCCCAGAGAUGCACCUGCGUUCUCGGGCCUUCGCACCACCGACCACACCCUGGACGGAGAGAACCAGAUCGUCUUCACCCACCGCAUCAACAUCCCCAAGCAGGCCUGUGGCUGCUCCGAUGGUCAUCAAGACCUGAAGGACCUCCUUAGCAGGCUGGAGAUGCUGGAGGGGGAGGUGUCCUCGCUGAGGGACCAGUGCUCUGGAGCUGCUGGGUGCUGUAGUGCUCAGGUCACAGGUGAGGUGGGGACUAAGCCGUACUGCAACGGCCGUGGCAACUUCAGUGCGGAUUCGUGCGGUUGCGUUUGUGAGCCUGGCUGGAAGGGAGCCAACUGCAGCGAGCCUGAAUGCCCCAAUGACUGCCAGGACCAGGGUCGGUGCGUAGACGGGAAGUGCGUUUGCUUCAAGGGCUUCGCCGGGGAGGACUGCACUCUGGAAGUUUGCCCAGUGGACUGUGGAGAGAACGGCCAGUGUCAGGGUGGAGGGUGUGUCUGUUCCGAAGGAUUCAGCGGUGACGACUGCUCUCAGACAGACUGUCUGAACAACUGCCUGGGCCGUGGGCGCUGCGUGGACGGAGAGUGCAGGUGCGAAGAGCCUUGGACCGGAUUCGACUGCUCCGAGCUCAUAUGCCCCAACGAUUGUUACGACCGUGGCCGCUGCAUCAACGGAACCUGCUACUGCGACGAAGGUUUCACCGGGGAAGACUGCGGGGAGCGCACCUGUCCCGACAACUGCAACGGCCGUGGUGUCUGCGUGGACGGAGAGUGUGAGUGCAGCCCCGGCUACUCUGGAGAAGACUGCUCCAAGCUCACUUGCCUCAACGACUGCAACGAGCGAGGCAGCUGUUUCAACGGCAUGUGCAUCUGCGACUCUGGCUACCAAGGAGAGGACUGCAGCCAGCUGGCCUGCCCCAACAACUGCAACACCAGAGGGCAGUGCAUCAACGGCCAGUGCGCCUGCGACGUAGGCUUCCAAGGAUACGACUGCUCCGAGAUCUCCUGCCCCAACAACUGCCUCGACAGGGGACGCUGCGUCAACGGCCAGUGCGUGUGCAACGAAGGCUUCGCCGGCGAGGACUGCAGCUUGAAGACCUGUCCCUCCAACUGCUACGGCCGCGGCGAGUGUCAGGACGGCCGCUGCGUGUGCUACGCCGGCUUCGUCAGUGAGGACUGCAGCGAGCUGGCCUGCCCUAACAACUGCCUGAACCGCGGACGCUGCAUCGACGGGCAAUGCGUCUGCGACGAGGGUUUCAACGGGGAGGACUGCGGCACGAAGGCGUGUCCCAACGACUGUCUGGGCCGUGGGUACUGCGCGGACGGUAACUGCGUCUGCCAGGAGGGGUACUCGGGGCUCGACUGCUCUGUGCUCACCUGUCCGGAUAACUGCAACGGUAGAGGGCGCUGCGUCAACGGAAAGUGUAUAUGCGAGGCUGGCUACAUGGGACUGAACUGUGGAGAGCUGAGCUGCCUCAACAACUGCCAGGACAGAGGGCGUUGUGUGGACGGACAGUGUGUCUGUGACGAGGGGUACAUCGGUGACGAUUGCUCGGAAGUCUCUCCUCCCAAGGACCUGAGUGUAACAGAAAUCACCACAGAGACGGUGGACCUGAACUGGACAAACGACAUGUUGGUCACAGAAUACCUGGUGACCCACGUCCCUACAGCCCCAGGAGGACUGUACCAGGAGUUCACCGUACCAGGAGACAAGACAUCUGCCACCCUCACAGAGCUGGAACCUGGCAUUGAGUAUCUGAUCAACGUCUACGCCAUCCUGAGCAACAAGAGGAGCAUCCCUGUUAGUGCCAGAGUUGCCACAUAUAUCCCCCAGCCAGAGGGUCUGAAGUUCAAGUCGGUGAGGGACACUUCCGUGGAGGUGAUUUGGGACCAGCUGGACAUUCCCUUUGAUAACUGGGAGCUCCAAAUCCAAAACACGAAAGAAGAGAAUGGGAAAAUCCUGAACACACUUCCACCUGCUCAGACUACAUUUGAUCAGACUGGUCUUGGACCUGGUCAGGAGUAUCAGGUCUCCAUUGGCAUCGUCAAGAACAACACCAGAGGACCCCAGUUGACCAAAACGUUUACUACCAGGAUCGACGGACCACAGCAGGUGGAGGUGAAGGACGUUACGGAGUCGUCCGCCCUGGUCGCCUGGUCCCAGCCCGUGGCCCAGACGGACAGACUGACCCUGUCCUACAGACCCAGCUCAGACGCCUCCCAGAGGACCACCGUGGAGCUCUCACCUGCGGAUAAACAGUACAACAUCGAAGCUUUAAGCCCCGACACAGAGUACGAGAUCUCUCUGACAUCCGGGAGAGGAGAUAUGACUAGCGAGCCCGUCCUUGAAACCUUCACCACAGGUCUGGAUUCCCCCAGGAAGCUAGAGCCCCUGAGCCAGACAGACGACAGCAUCACCCUGGAGUGGAGAAACAGCCAGGCAGAUGUAGACAGCUACAGGGUCAAGUACAGCCCCUUCUCUGGGGGUUCCCACGGCGAGGAACUCAUCCCACGCAGCCCUGGAGGCACCACCCGGGCCACCAUCACUGGACUGAAGCCAGGUACAGAGUAUGGGAUAGGAGUGACCGGUGUGAAGAAGGAGAGAGAGAGCCUUCCUUCCACCACAAACGCAGCUACUGACCUAGACGCACCCAAAGACCUGGAGAUGAGUGAGUCCACAGAGACCACCAUGAAUCUGGUGUGGAGAAGACCCCGGGCCAAGAUCAGCUUGUACAAGCUGGUGUACAUCUCCAGGGCUGGGCGGAGGGAGGAGGUGCAGGUUCCUGGAACAGCUACCAGCUAUGUCCUGACCAACCUGACUCCUGGCAUGAUCUACACCAUCAGCCUAACUGCUGAGAGAGGACCCAAGAAGAGUGCACCUGCCACUUUAUCUGCCUCCACAGCCUCAUUUACAUUUUAUUUAGCUGACCCAGUCCCUGAGCUUACAACUCCCGCUGGUUCGGAGGACAAUAUCAUUAACUUUGUGUCUUUAGACGCCUCAGAUCCCCAGUUCUCCGAGAUGGGGUCUGGGGACGAGUUGGGACCGUUGACUGUCUCAGGUGUAACAUCCACUGGAUUUGACCUCUCAUGGGAACCAAAGCCACAUUUUGUGUUUGAUAGCUAUGCCGUAGAAUGUAGAGACGCUCUGGGAUUAUAUGAUAUGAAAGAGGUUCGUCUUCGUGGUGAUGCCACUGCUGCUGUAAUCAAAGGCAUGAAGGCAUCCACAGAAUAUCGAGUAAAGCUUUACGGAGUAACCAAUAACCAAAGGUCCUCACCACUUGAAGCAGUUGCAGUUACAGCACCCAAGUCUACCUCACCUGACGUAAUUGCUCUAAGUGUCAAAGACGUUUCAACUCUCCAGUCCGCUCCAGAUAUAAGAGCUGGAGCUAUCAGUCCCAGACUCAUAGCCCCGACUACUCCAUCCCGCAUACCUCCUUCUGGGAGCUUUACCUCCGAACCAGAGGGCUCAAGCAUGGACACGCCUGGGCUGGGGGAACUUCAGGUCACCGGCGUGACCCCCAAUGGCCUGAGCCUAGACUGGGCUGCACCUGAGCACACGUUUGAUAGCUUCGUGGUGGAGCUGAACGCCCUGUCAGGAGAGGCGCAAGCUCACGGGGUAACAGUGCCAGGAGGUAUGAGGAAGGUCCACGUUCAAGGCUUGUCCCCUAAGACGCACUAUGAGGUUACUUUGUAUGGGAUGGUGGAGGGGCAGCGGUCUCUGCCUCUCACAGCUUUUGCCAACACAGAGGAGCUGAAGCCCCAGGUGGUGAACCUCACCAUCUCUGACAUAACCUGGGACAGCUUCACUGUGUCCUGGAGUCCCCAGGACGGGGACUUUGAGAGCUUUGUCCUAGAGAUGACAAACCUGGACGGGGGUUCGGAAAGCCAAAACCUCACGUUGUCCGGGGACGCCUUCAGCCUGUCUAUCCCCGGGCUUAGGCCCAACACCACCUACAUGGUGGGUCUGUACGGCCUACACCAGGGCUCCUUCCUGGAGCCUGUGUAUGCAGAGGCCACCACAGUGAGCGAGCCAGUGGUUGGCAAUCUUUAUGUGUCUAACUUAACAUCUGAGAGCUUCUCCAUCUCCUGGAAUGGCACUGAUGGACAGUUGGAUGGUUACAUCCUAGAAGUUAUUGACUCAAGCUGGCUGAGCGAACCAGAGGAACAUAACAUAUCCCACAAUGCAAUGUCCCAUGACCUCACAGGGCUAAGGCCCAGCACUGACUAUAUAGCCUACCUCUAUGGGAUUGUCAAAGGAUCGCGAACGAAAGCUGUCAGUACUGUUGCGUCAACAGCUGCGGAGCCUGACUUGUCCAGGCUGGUUGUAUCUAACGUUACCUCAGACCGACUAUCCCUGUCUUGGAGAACGGGGGAACAGACAUUUGAUAACUUUGUAGUCGAGCUCAGAGAGUCUGCUGUGCCCUCUACAGCCAUGGGGCGCGCUGUCCCCGGGGAGACCCGAUCCACAGUCAUGACAGGGCUUAAAGGGAGCACCGGCUACAACAUUAAACUGUACGCCAGCUCUGGCGGCCGUAACACAAAGCCUCUGUUCGCUGUAGCUACCACAGAACCUGUCCCACAGUUGAGCGCCAUAGCUGUGUCCGAUGUAAACCCAGAUAACCUCACCCUUUCCUGGAGCAAAGUGGCAGGCCACUUUGAUGGCUUUGUCAUCCGGGUCAGUGACAAGGAGCAGCUGCUUGACACACUAGAGUUGCGGCCCCCGGGCCAGGUCCAGAACGUGACCGUCACUGGUCUACAGGAUGACACUGCCUAUGACAUUGAGCUGUAUGGUAUCUCUCAUGGCCACCGUACACCUUCCCUCUUAACCAAUGUGGUCACAGCUCCGCUACCCACAGUGAAAAACCUGACCGUUUCGGACGUAACUCCGUAUGGCUUCCGUGUCUCCUGGGAGGCCAGCGGGCAGCAGGAGGGGACUACUGGUGGCGGCUUCAGCCACUUUCAGAUAGUGAUUUCGGACUCGGGCUGGCUGCUGGAGCCCCAGGAGAUCUCAGUCCCGGGCAACCAGAGCCAACUGGAUGUCUGGGGUCUGAUCACUGGCAUAGGCUAUGAGGUCAAGCUGACCGGGGUGUCUAGGUCUGGACUUCUCUCUCGGCCUCUGACCACAGUGGCUGUGACAGAGGCAGAGCCAGAAGUGGAGCACAUGUUCGUCUCGGACAUCACAGAUGAGAGUUUGCGACUCGCGUGGACUGCUGAUGAAGACUUGUUUGAUAGAUUCGUCAUCAAAAUCAGAGACAUCAGAAAGACAACGCAUCCGCAGGAAUUCCACGCCUUCGGUGACGAGAGAACCAAGGUUUUAACGGGCCUUACCGGUGGCACCGAGUAUGAAAUUGAACUCUUUGGCGUCACUCUGGAACGGCGCUCCCAAUCAAUGUUUGGUGUUGCCCGAACAGGCAUGGCCUCUCCAAGGGGCAUCCACUUCUCGGAGGUGACCGACACGUCAGCCGUGGUUCACUGGACCACGCCACGCACCCGAGUGGAUAGCUAUCGCAUCAUCUACCUACCACUCAUGGGAGGUAGUCCAUUGACAGUGACUGCUGAUGGGACAGAGUCCAAGGCCCUGCUUCCUAGCAUGACGCCAGGUGCGACCUACCAGGUGACGGUGAUAGCCGUGAAAGGUCUGGAGGAGAGUGACCCAGGGACAGACACAGUGACCACAGCUCUGGACAGACCCCAGGGUCUGACUGCUGUCAACGUCACAGACACGUCCGCCCUGCUGCUAUGGCAACCGGCUGUAGCCACAGUGGAUGGCUAUGUCAUUACCUACAGUGCAGAAUCAGAGUCCCCAGUGAUCGAGCAUGUCUCUGGGAACACGGUGGAGUUUGAGAUGGGCUCCCUGGUUCCUGCCACCCAGUACACCGUGGGGGUCUACGCCAUGAGGGAUGCCCAGAAAAGUGCCUCGGCCACCACAGAGUUCACCACAGACGUGGACGAUCCCAGGGACCUGGCAGCCAGUAACAUCCUGACGGACAGUGCCACCCUGACCUGGAAGCCCCCUCGCGCUGUCAUCACAGGCUACGUCCUGACCUUCUCGUCAGCCGACGGCAUCGUCAGGGAGGUAGUGCUAAGCCCGACAGCCACCUCGUACAGUAUGAACCAGCUAACAGGAUCAACAGAAUACAGUGUCAGACUGCAGGCCAUCGCUGGUGCCCAGAGGAGUCAUCGAGUCAACACUGUCUUCACCACCAUUGGAGUGCUGUACAAACUACCCAGAGACUGCGCCCAGGCCUUUUUAAAUGGAGAGACCACCUCAGGCCUGUACACCAUCUACCUUGGUGGAGAUGAAAGCCAGCCCAUACAGGUGUACUGUGACAUGACCACGGAUGGAGGAGGAUGGAUGGUGUUCGUGAGGCGGCAGAAUGGAAAGCUGGAGUUCUUUAGGAACUGGAAGAACUACACCCUUGGCUUCGGUGACAUGAACGAUGAGUUCUGGCUUGGUCUCGCCAACCUCCACAAGAUCACGUCCGCUGGCCAGUACGAGCUGCGUGUGGACCUGAGGGAUGGAGGGGAGGAGGUGUACGCCAAAUAUGACAAGUUCACCAUUUCAGAGCCUCGCUCCAGAUACAAGGUCCACAUAGGAACCUACAGUGGAACUGCAGGUGACUCCAUGACUUACCACCAGGGCCGCCCCUUCUCCACCUUCGACAACGACAACGACAUUGCCGUCACCAACUGUGCCCUGUCCUACAAGGGUGCAUUCUGGUACAAAAACUGUCAUCGCGUCAACCUCAUGGGGAAAUACGGCGACAGCAGUCAUAGCAAGGGUAUCAACUGGUUCCAUUGGAAGGGGCACGAACAUUCCGUUCCGUUUGCCGAGAUGAAGAUCAGACCGGUGAACUUCGGAAACUUUGAAAGCAGGCGGAAACGAUCAUAGACUUCAGACGCCCCCCCCCCCAACCUCCUCCACCCCUUAAACUUCUGUUGACACCAUGAACAUUAACAAACAUCGCUGUGUUUGCCACGUACCUCUGCACUGACUUCAUCCCCAAUUCUCAAUCAUAAACAAAGAGUCAGAACAAUCACACCCUGGCUCUGAAUAAUGUGAUGGAAGUAUCACACCAGAGACGCCACGAUUUGAUUGAUGGAAAAUGUCAAGGUGCUCUUGUAUGUGUAGUCUAGUUUUGUUUUUUUUACAAGUAGAUGUUUGGUGAAGGGUUUAACACUUUUUUUUUUCAUCUUGAAUUCCGUUUAAAAGUUGAAAUUAGGUCACUACUAUUAUUUCUACCUAUGGUUGAGAAACCCAAAGAUAUUUUACAGUUGAGUGUCAUACUUUACUGUAGAUGACACCAGUGAACCAGGAGUUUGUCAAAGGCACAUGGCAUCGUGGCGUGAUGCCACCUGCAACCCAAUGUACAGACAAGAGAGAAGAUCUCUCUCCGAAAACAAUGACAAAAAGAAUUAUUAAACUAGAUAUAUUUUAAUGUAUAAUUUGAAUUUACCAUAGAGUACAGAGAGGGUGUCUUUAAUCUGACCGCUGUGAGGAUGAACUAUCACCAGUUAGGAUUAUACCAGCCAUCUCAAACCACUGAUGCCGAUCAACUCAAAUUUAUGUUUAUAUUUUUGCUCGUUGUCAACUAAAUGAAGAACAGAUAUUUCUCUGUAACCCUCUUGACAAUAAAAGAUACUUUGGUAAAAAAAAAA